UUGAGUCACUUUUUAUAGUGGACACACUUGUAUAGUAUCAUAGCUUCCCCAUUUCUUUAUUCAAAGAUCCAAUCUUUUUUCACAUUGACCGGUGGACUAGUAUGCGUUUUGGCUAAAUUUUGCAGCACUCUCAAGUUUUGCAUGUGUUUGAAGGGUGGUUUUGAGGCUCCACCUUUGCAAAAAAAAAUGUUUUUUUUUUUUUUUUUUUUUUUUGGCUAUUGUUUGUGCUGUAAAGUGAUGUUUACCUUUGCAGUAUCACCUGCUUUUCUUUUCAGGUUCUUGGGCUUUUAGCGCAAGAAUGAGUUGACUGGUGUGAAUGGCCAUUUGUGCUGCAUUAUUAGUGACAUCUUGAACUCAGAUAUGCAAACAGUGAAGUAUUAGGGGCUGGUUUGAGAUAAGGGCAUGGGUUGUGGAGCCAAUGUGGUGUGGUUUUGAGGUUAAAGAUUUCAAUUGAAAGCGAAAUAUAAUAAUUUUUUGAGUGCCCUUUGUUAAGAGUGAGCUGAGCUUGAUAAUGGCAAAGGGGUGUGAAGAUCAGGAAGGAUUUGCAGAAAACUUUAGAGAGAAGCUUGGUUUUGCAGUUAGAAAUAUUGAAUGGUGCUAUGCUAUCUUCUGGUCCAUUUCCUCUUCCCAGCCAGGGGUUUUGGAAUGGGGCGAUGGGUACUACAACGGAGAUAUAAAGACGAGGAAAACAGUGCAGGCAACAGAAAUUAGUCCCGAUCUGCUAGGAUUGCAGAGAACCGAGCACUUGAGAGAGCUUUAUGAUUCUCUCUUAGCCGCUGAAGCCAACACGCUAGCAAAGAUACAUCCUACAGCAUUAUCACCGGAAGAUCUCACGGAUACCGAGUGGUAUUUUUUGGUUUGCAUGUCGUUCGUAUUCAAUGUAGGCCAAGGGUUGCCUGGGAAGGCACUUUCGAAGAACCAAAGUAUUUGGCUAUGCAAUGCACACCAAGCUGACAGCAGAAUAUUUACCCGAUCCUUACUUGCAAAGAGUGCAUCGGUUCAGACUGUGGUAUGCUUUCCAUACUUGGGAGGUAUAAUUGAGCUGGGAGCUACUGACCUUGUUCUGGAGGACCUUAACCUCAUUCAUCACAUUAGAACUUCGUAUCUGGACAUCCCUCACGCUGUUGGUUCCAAGGUUCCUAAUUAUGUCUCGAGUAAUGGCAAAAACGACAAAGACAUUGGUGGUAGGGAGCCCGAUGAGGAUAAGCUCGAUUUGUGUCCCGUUCCACCUGUAGAAUGUGAAGAUAAUAAUAAUAUCGGUUCCCCUUACAACAAUUCAAACGGUUUUGGGGCCAACCAAGAAGAAGGGGAUUCGUUUAUGGUUGAAGAAAUGAUCGGGGAAGCUUCACAGCUACAAAGCUGGAAACUUGCAGAUGACGAUAUCAGUAACUGCAUCCAUAAUUCUACGAAUUCAAGCGACUGCAUCUCCCAGAACUAUGUAAAUCCCGAAAGGGUAUCCACUCUUUCAGAUGCAGAGAAGCUAAACGGGGAUUCUGGAAAAGGAGUCGAUGUUCAUUACCAAAGCAUUCUUUCGAACGUUCUCAAGAGCUCUCACCAACUAGUUCUAGGACCGCACUUCAGGAAUAACGAUAGAGAAUCGAGCUUCGUUACUUGGAAGAAGGAAACAUCGUCCAAGAACCCGAUGCCAAGAACCAGAACUCGUCCACAGAGGCUCCUAAAGAAGGUUCUCUGUGGCAGCCACAAACAGAACGACCAUCAUAAACCCGAAGCUGAUGAAACUGAUAAGAGUCGCGUUCUAUCAGAGAGAAGACGUAGGGAGAAGUUAAACGAGAGAUUUACAACUCUUGCAUCAUUGAUCCCAACUAGUGGCAAGGUUGACAAAAUAUCUAUACUCGAUGAGACAAUCGAGUACCUUAGAGACCUCGAAAGAAGAGUCAGAAACGUCGAGCCUCAGAAGGAAAGACUAGAGUUGGAAGCAAGAAGUGACAAUGCAGAGAGGAUAUCUGAUAAUUGCUGUGCUAAAAGUGCAGAUAAAGGCAAGAACGUAAUGCGACAAAAGAGGAAGGUUAGCGAUAUGGAAGAAAACUCGCGUGGAAAGCACAAGGAUUGCACGAAGAAUGGUUCGGGUCAUGAUGUAACUGUUAGUAUGAUUAGUAAGGACGUUACGAUUGAGAUGAAAUGCCAAUGGAGCGAGGGCAUGUUGAUGAAAAUCGUGCAGGUGUUGAACAAUCUGCAUUUAGACUGCCAUGGCAUUCAAUCUUCCAACAGUGAUGGGAUUCUGUCUGUGACUAUUAAAGCUAAGAUGGAGGGGACAAAAGCCAUAUCGAUGUCUCUGAUUAGACUAGCACUUCAAAAACUCAUCCAAGCAUCUUGAAGAUCACAUCAUUUUGAUGAAUCUUUGGUGGUAGAGAUCUUUGCUCUCAUUGCAUUUCUGUCACACCCUUGUAUGUAAGUGGAAACAAAAAUAAAAAAUGAGGCUAUGUAACUUGAUUUAUGCAUAGGAAGUGAAGUAAUUGAUGUUUUCUGCAAGUUUUAGACAGAGCAUAUGUGAGCCUAUUUCAUACAAA